UAAUGUUUAAUAAUCUUUCAGAUUUAAUUUAUCAUAUCAAAUUUCUCAAGCUUUAGUCCUCAGUUUAAAAAAAAAUAAUGGCAGUGAAUGUGUAUGCGACGUCUGUCACAACUGAAAAUUUGAGCAGACAUGAUUUACUAAGUUGGGUGAACAGAAGUCUCGACUUGAAUUUAACAAAAAUUGAACAACUUUGCACUGGUGCUGUUUAUUGCCAGUUCAUGCAUAUGCUUUUUAGUAAUAACAUCAACAUCAAAAAAGUGAAAUGGAACUCCAAACUUGAACAUGAAUAUAUUGCCAAUUUCAAAAUUUUACAAGAGUGUUUUAAAAAAGUUCGUGUGGACCAGAAUGUUCCGGUUGAAAAGCUUGUCAAGGGCAGAUUCCAGGACAACUUUGAAUUUGUACAAUGGUUCAAAAAGUUCUUUGAUGCCAAUUACCGGGAGGAAUGUGCAGAUUAUGAUGCGAUUAAUAUGAGAUCAGGUGCAGGAUUGGGAAUUGCUGAUUCAAAGAAAGGCGCUGCUGCACGUCCAAUGGGACACGUGAAAAAAUCAGUUGCAACAGUUAAGCCUAUGCUGAAGCGUGCACCAACAACGCCGAAAGAAGAGGAUAAAGAAAAUUCUCAGCGUGCGGGAUCCCCACGAUCAACAGCAAGAAUGGCGACCACAACAGCCCCAGCAAGAAGAGCACCCACAAGCAGUGCCAGUACACAAGAAUUAAAUGUAAUGCGAGAAGAAUUAGAAGAGGCUAGAUCUGAGAGUACUGCACUACAGACUACAGUUGAAGCAUUGGAAAAGGAACGAGAUUUUUACUUUGCUAAACUCCGUGAUAUUGAACUUAUUUGUCAAGAUGUUGAAGGGGAAGAUGGCGCUGGAUUAAAUAUCAAGGAACUUUGUGAAAAAGUCACUGAAAUUUUAUAUGCUACAGAGGAGGGAUUUUUGCCCCCGGAAGAGGAUGUGAAUGGAGUCGACGACAGUCAGUAUUAGACAGUGUGCACAUAUUUGGAUUCAAGUUACCUUCAUAACGUACUUCCACCAUUUCAUUGCGUGCACGACAUAUUUUGCGCCAGCAUCCACAAGCAAUAUAUCUCUGAGGAAAUUCCUCACUUUUGUAACUAUUGGUAGUUUUAAAAUAAGUAAUUGUUCAGCGUUAUAGAAAUUUUAGGGAUACCAGUGUUGAAAUGUUACAUAACUUUUUCGGAUUUGCUUCUCAGUCAUAAGUUACUUAUGCGGACCUGGAAGAUACUUCCUAUACUUUCAUAUUAGCUUGUAAACUAUUAUGUGAAUGUUUUUUGACUGCGUAUCAUUCAUAGUAUAUUACUGGCCUACCUGCUGCAUUUACGUAAUCUUUCUUUGCUACUUUUUUAUCUUUGUCAAAAUUGGUUUCAAAUGAUGUAAAUACAGUUUCACUGUGCGUCGUAAAAUUGGACGCGAAUGCGAAUAACUUUUGAAUCUAAAAAUGUGGUAUUUUGAAUCUAAAAAAAUUUGGUAUUCUAUUUAAUUAAACGUGUUUGUGAUCAGACAUGAAAAACCAGUUGUAAAAAGACCAUUUGUUUUCUCAUCAACUUUACUAACAUGUUAGCUUCAGUGUGAAAUAACCAUGCAUGUUGAUUUUGUUGGUCUAUUUUUUCUGAAUAAAAAUAGCUAUGAUGCAAUGUU